CACGUUUUACAAAUUUUGUAUACAUUGGCUUAAUUAAUACAUUUCAAUAUAAUAGUACAGUUUUAGUAUUUUGGUGCCAUGACAUACACAUUUUGUACCUCUUUUGAGCGGAUAAGUCUGAGGUCUCCGCCGAAGUGGAUGCCGAGAGCCGUUCUGGUGAUUAUGUAGAGCGACACCUGGGAAGUCGUUCAGUGUUUACUUCCUGACCCACGGACAUUUGACAGUGUGAACAAUCAACCGUGUGCUGGCCCGGAAUGACAGACGAGGUGCUGUUUGAGUUUCUCCAUAUGGAGAUGGUGUCCAAUGUCUAUAAAGAACAACAGUCCAACAAGAUGCAAAUGGACAACAAGGACAGGGCUGCUUGCGUGUCCGUCCUCGAAAGCAUGGGGUUCAGAGUGGGACAAGGACUCAUCGAGAGGUUGACCAGGGACUCUCCCAGCUUUAAAGAUGAACUGGACAUAAUGAAAUUCAUCUGCAAAGACUUCUGGACCAAGGUGUUCAGGAGACAGAUCGACAACCUCAGAACAAAUCAUCAGGGAACCUAUGUUCUCCAGGACAACAAGUUUACUAUGUUGACUCAGCUCUCAAAUGGAAAACAGUAUCUGGAUCAUGCUCCUAAGCACCUUGCAUUCUCUUGUGGAAUGGUGAGAGGAGCUCUGUCAAACCUCGGCCUGGACAGUGUUGUGACAGCAGAAGUCGCUGUCAUGCCCUCCUGUAAGUUCCAGGUAGUGAUUCAAAAGUUGUGACCUGAUCAUCUUCACCAUCCUGAUGCUGGGACAGACUGGUCCAAGUAUGGAUCUGCACUUUCCUUUACCGUGUGUUCAAACCAUCGAUGGAAUCAAACACUGCCCUGGUUUCAAGCACAGGAAAGAUGGAGAUAGAAUUUGCCAAAAAAAAGCAACCUCUGUAUUCUGUAGAGACAAGAUGUCAUGUUCUUGUCUUUUGAACGUGAAUUAGGUUAUGGUUCCAUCUGUCAAGUUACGCUAACAUUUAAGCUAAAAAAAAAUGAAUAGCCCAAGCUUGACAAGCUUCUUGUGGUGUGAAAACGAUAAUGUUAAUGUGAGUGUAAAGUGAAUUAGAAGCAGUUUCAAUUCUUGGUUGACAUUGCUCUGUUGUUAAAUAGUAGAGACCAAUGCGUUGGCUUAGCCUAACUGCCAGAACAUUUUUCUGUUAUUCCACACACCAUUACAUCAUUAUCAUAAAAACUUUAGGUUAAACCAUUAGAUGUAAUGUUUUGAGACAUGACUUUUCUAUGAAUAAAAGUGGAAUGACAGCUACCUCCAGAGCACCACUCACCCUAUGUACAGUGAUGUGUACUUUCAGGGUUUAACUUUAAAACGUAUUAGAUUUACAUUUUUGUACCGACAUUUACAUUUUGUCUUAAGAUAUGUAAACUGUAAAGUUGUUGGAUUCUUGUUUAUAUUUAUCGCUUGUGAAAAAACAAGUCUAUGAACACCACAGUACACGGUGGCACAUGUUGUUUUAUCUUAUUUAUCAUCUACUCUUUUUCGUAUUAGAUAAACAUAUUGAGCUAAAAUAAGAGAGGUGAAGAUAACGAAUUUCUCAUAUAUUUACCUAUGUCUGCCGCUAGAUGGAGUCAUCCGUGUGUUUUUUUUUUUCGUUUGGUCUUUUACCGUUUCCUGUUUUCUCUGUUGUUUUGUUACAUCUCUGAUGAUGAUAUUGAAUUUAAUUUACAUUUAAAGAAGUAACUCAAAGUGGGAAAAAAACUUUUCUGUACAGUGCAAAAAAAUUGUGUUGCAUGUUGAGUCAUUGGUAUAAAAAUAAAUCCAUGAUUGCAUAAA